AUGGCGGCGUCCAACACACUCCGCCCCUACCUCAACGCCGUGCGCGCCUCGCUCACGGCCGCUCUCACACUGGAAAACUUCUCGUCCCAGGUCGUUGAGCGGCAUAACAAGCCCGAGAUCGAGGCGAAUAAGACGCCCGAGGUGCUUCUCCAGCCAUUGGUGGUCGCCCGUAAUGAGAGCGAGAAGGUCCUCAUCGAACCGUCGAUCAACUCGGUCCGCGUUAGCAUCUCCAUCAAGCAGGCCGACGAGAUUGAAAAGAUCUUGUGCCACAAGUUUACCCGAUUCAUGAUGAUGCGUGCGGAGAACUUUGUCAUCCUGCGCCGCACCCCCAUCCCAGGCUAUGACAUCUCAUUCCUCAUCACCAACUUCCACGCCGAGACCAUGCUCAAGUACAAGCUUGUCGACUUUGUGAUCCAGUUCAUGGAGGACGUCGACAAGGAGAUCUCGGAGAUGAAGCUCAGCCUCAACGCCCGUGCGCGUAUCGUUGCUGAGAGCUACCUCGCCACCAUGCCAUAG